AUGGACCGGCCAAUACCCGUGCUUUCGCCUUCGCUAGAGGAUGAUGGGUUUACGUCGACCGUUGCAAUGAAAAGGAGCAGCUGGAACGCCGGAAUGGUCUCAAACUCGGCCGUUCCGUUGCCAGGCUCUCCAGCGGCGUGGGCCAACGAUAAUGAACAGAAAAGAGGACGUGUGCUCGACAACAACAUGGGCCGAAUGGCUCGCAAUGCAUCACCAGUCCGUGGCGGAUCACCGGCCCGAAGGACCGGGCUCUUACCCCCACGAUCGGGCUCGCCUGUGAGAAACCCGUUCAAUUUUGAGUCAAAAUUCGUAUCUGCCUCGCCAGUAAAGCCCUCACAAAGAAGAGGACAUCGGUACAAGCACUCAAGUGUUAGCUUGAACUUCUUCCAGGAACCAGAAGCCCGAGCCCCUCUGCCUAUUCCCGUCUCGCUGGCAGUGCCUACUUUGAAAGAGUGCUACCAGUCGGUGACCAGAGCCCAGAUGGUUCGCUUUGGGUGGUCUUUAAUGAGGUUUCUUUCCGCAUUGCUACUGUACUCGAGUGACCAUGGAACCCUGCAGUCAGCAGAGGCUUUGGCCCAUCUUGUAGCCUACGACGCCGUAGUCGACGCUUUAGUGGUUGGAGUGGGCGUGUGGAGCAACUUUGAAGUGUGGAAACGCAGCAGCCUGCGGCUGCCAUUUGCCCUCCAGCGGGUGGAAAUUCUCGUCAGCUUUUCGCUGGCGAUUUGCCUGGUGUUUGUUGGAGGUCACAUGGCCUCUCACACCGUUCAAGAAAUUGCUUACUUAUUCUACGACGAAGGUCCGCACCAUGGGCAUCACCACCAUGCUUCUGAAGCAUCCAGUUUCACCAAUGUCUUGGGAAGUGUAUCCGUGUCCUUGUUCGUAACCAUCGUGUCGCUGGUCGCCGCGGAGGGACUGUCGAUUGGAUCGAUGUGGGAAGACCACUCCUUUUCUUGUACCACUGCAUUAUUUGCCGUUGCAGUUCUUGCUGUCGGAACGCUAAACAACUGGCUCGUUGAUUUCUUACUUAUGCCGACUAUUGCAGUCACUAUGGUCUACGUUGGCUGGCAGACUUCUAAACACCUGGGGGGCAUGCUCGUCAUGUCUUACGGCGGCCCCGAUCGAGCUGAACUGAUCAGUUCGGCCAUUACUGCCGAUGAGCGCAUCGCCAACGUCUCAGAGGUCAGUUUGUGGCAGGUCCACCAUGAUCUCUGGCUUGCGAGCAUCAAACUGUCCUUGACGGGCCGAGCAAGCAGCAGCGCAUCUCAGCCCGCAGUACGUGAUUUCGUUACUGGCAUUGUUGACAACGCCAUGUCUGACCUUAAGGGCCCCCGCAUCGAGAUCACUGUGGACAUAAACUGA